AUAACUUGUCGCUGCGCUCUUCCGUCUGGUCUCUCGGGCGCUCAGUCGGGUGGAGUCAGUAUUUCAGUUUCUGUGUGCGUCCUGCGGAUGAUUUAGAAAAUCAUAUUUUUGUAGUUUUCGAGUUACAUAUCGAAAUACGAAAGUAGUAAAUUAGACAGUCGAAAUGACGACGACAAAAACAUUUCAAGGGAUGGAUCCCGGUGCGAAAAGCAGUUCCAGGGUGCUGCGGCCGCCGGGCGGCUCCAACAUAACGUUCGGCACAGACGGCCCCCCUGUACGCAAGAACAAAAUGGGCUCCAACAUUUUCCUAGCUGACGAUCCCCACGCCCAUCGGAGGAGCAACCCACCCGGCGGGACGGCCAAGGGUACUCUGUGCGGAGAACCGUCCCCUCCCCUAAGACGGUGCCAGCAGCCGCUCCUCUUCCCCAAAAACAAUGAGACAGACGAGGUCAUACCUCCAUCAACGUUCCUUUAGGGGUUGAGGAGUGCCAGCAGGCAAAAAAUGGUAAGUAUCUCUGGUUCCAUUUCGAAUGUCAGUAUUUUUUAUGGUAUUUAUGUACAGUACCAGU